AUGGAUCCUGACAAAGAAUUAGGAAUACUACUGGAUAGAAAAACAAAGGCAAGCUAUGAAGACUAUUUUUAAAUGUUUACAUUACUACCCAACUACAAUGCCCUAAUAAUUAGAUUUGUUGAUCAGGUUUUUUUAUUCUAGAUAAAAUAGAGAUAAUAAUAACAGGUAUAUGUUUAUUAUUAUACCCCAAGAAUGUACUACAAUUAACAAUUAAUAUGGUUAUUAUGAAUUUCUUAUAAUACUCCUAUAGAUAAUAGACAAGUGUAUUUUAAAAACAAAUACAUAUAGAUUAUGGCUGCAUUCACACAACACUUUAUUCUGUUUUCUGGAUAUUUCCCUAAUGGUUAAAAUCUCAGGCAAGUAGAUGCCUCUUUGGAGGUGAGGGUGUGGUUGCUUACUGAUUAAAACUGAAAUUUAUUAACACAACAACCUCACACAUACACUAUGUAAAAUAGUGUAAGUUUACCACUUCCCCUCCCCUGCACUCUCUGUCCCCACCUCUCUUCUCUCCCAACCUCAUAUACUACAUUAAUGUCUCACAUCAAAUGUAACAGAUUUGUAGAAAAGACUCUACAACCUGCAAAUGGAGGCAAUGCAUGUACUUUUGUAACCCAAGAAAAUCUUUAAUAAAAAUUAUGUAUAAAAAUCCUGAAAUUAAUUGUUAUUUAUGACAAACAAAAUUGUAAUAGUGAACAUCCCUACGUUGCAAGAAUCCUAACCUUAACAAUAUAAUCAAAUAUUUUUAAAGGCAGCAUGUCAUGGUACUGAAAUUUAUUGAAAAGCUUGAGGUUAUUUAGUGUAAGAAGAUAACUUGGCAAGUGAGAUUUAGUUCCCAAAUUACCCAUCUACAUGUAGUCCCUAUUAUUUAUUUAUCACUUCACUAUGAUAGUCUCUAAAUGGUUUACAAUAAUACAAUAUAAAAAGUAAAAAAAAUAGUUAAAUCUAUAACAUCUGACUUGGAUUGAAAUGCUUGGUGGAGUAAAAAAAAAAAAAUAUUCAGUAGGCGCCAAAGGUUCAGUUAGGAAGGAGUUCCCUAAAAUUGACUUCAUCCUUUUAUUUACAUUUGUUUAUGAAGUUGUGUAUCUUAUAGAUUAUGAUUUUAGAUAGUUUUCUUUUUUUAUUAUCCAGAAAGAACAGGUUCAGGAAAGAAUUGCAAGGAAAAGUAAAUCUUUACAGAAAAGAAAUGUCAGAAGAAAGGUACGUUCAUACAUUUUACCCCAUCACAUAGCAUGCAAAACAUUUACUGAAGCAAGAGUUUGGAAAGCCUUUGCUUUUUAAUUUUUUUAAAAAAUAAUCUCUUCUCUGCAGAGCUUACAUGGAAAAUGUAUUUUCCCCCAAAUCAGUUUUAUCUUGAAAGUGAAAUCUUAACUGUGCAGUGCCAUUUUAUUGCAUGUGUGGGUGAAGAUAUAAUGACGUCAGGGUAAGUUGCUCUAGACCAGCUUUCUUUAACCUGAUACCUCCAGAUGUUUUGGACUACAAUUUCCAUCAUUCCUACCAGCCAGUGUGAUCAAUGGUCAGGGAUCAUGGGCGCUGUUGUCCAGAGCACCUGGAGGGAAACACUAGGUUGGAAAGCUAGUAUUAGACAUUAUGAAGUGAGGCACUUCAACUAAGGUUGCUGUUUUUGUAAUCAUUUCAUAUUGUAAUAUUUGGUUUUGCAUUCACAUCAAAGACUCAUUGGCAGAGCACUCAAGGGCUUUGGGGGCCUUUCUCUAUUUUAAUUUAGUCCUUCAGAAUCUCUCAAAAGGCCACUUUAGAAGUUCUAAAUACAACAAGAGCCAUGGCGGAGGAAGGGGGGUGCGGAUCCGUCCCAGGUGUCAUCACUGAGGGGUGUGUGUGACAAAAUGACAAAAAUAUGAGGGGUUUUUUGUUUUUGUUUUUUAAAAAUGGGCUCAUGAAACUUUUUAGUUCAGUGAAUGAACAUAAUGAAACGCGGCUGGCGCGGGGGCCGGCACUUACUGUGGGGCCUGCAGCAUGCCCGAGCCAUGUGUUUCUCCUGGGAGUGAUGUAGUGGCUUGGGGUCUGCAGGCUCUGCGCUGCCUGAAAUGGCAGUGUAGGACUUGCGUCUGCCCUCUACCUCUCCCUCAGCCGCCCUACAGCUGAGGGGGAGGCGGCGGAGAGGCUCCACGCAGCGCGCCCCACCCCCAGCUUCAGGACGCGCACGCCGCACUUGGCACCCGAGCGGCUAGCUACGCCGCUGACCAAGAGGAACUAAAAUGGAAAUGAGUUUUUGAGAACUCCGUUAUAUAUAUAGAUACAUUUGUUGAACACAUGGGACGUCUUGUAUCUUGGACAAUUAAAUGUUUAUAGCAUGUUGACCAACUCUAAAUGUUAUUUUGUUUCUAAUAUGAAGAUCAUUCUUCUUUGUUUAUUCCAUUUACUAUCUGAAUGAUGGCAUAAACCUUGCCUGCAUCACAACUUGAAGUUUUUGUAGGUUGCUCACUAGUAAACAUUUUGGAUGGGGUGAUGGUAUAUGAUGUAUACAGCUGAAAAAAUGAAUAAAAAUGUGAGUGAAUAGUUUUGAUCAUUUCCUUGCAACUUUUCUCUUUUGGUAAAUUGUUUAAUAUAGCAAACUGAAGAUGACAUACAUGUUGAUAGAAAACAAAAAGAAACCCCGGACCAAAAUCCACAGGAAGGUAGUUCAAUGUUUUUACUCCUUACCAAGUUGUAAUAUAUCACAGUGAAGUUCAAGGGCAUUUCCACAAAUGUGGCUCAGAUUAAAUUUAGAUGUUAUUCAAACGUCAAACCUGCAUAUGACCUUUUCCUGUUUUCAUUCUAUUCUAAAGUACUGUAAUAAUAUUAGCACUUGAUAAAAAAUAAUACAGACUAUUCUGAUGUGCUAGAAUUAGAAUAUUCUAAUUUUAGAUUCCUGUCAACUUUUUGCGCAGAUGUUGCAACUUGAAAUCAUGUGUUUUCUGCAUUUUUCUUGUGCAGUGAACUAAAUGCACUUUCAUUUAUAAUUUGCACUUUAAGGAGCGAGCUUGAAAUGUGAAUGUAUGACUCAAAUAAAGAAUACUUAAUCUAAAUCCUUCACAAACUUUGAAAAACCUACUGGAUUAUUGUCAUUUCCUUGAGAAUCCAAAAUUGUCUAUAUGAAAAGUACUGCAAAAUACAUUCCGAUAAUAUUCAAGUAUUUUAUUGCAAAGUGUGUUUUAAAUGUCUGUGCUUUUUAUAAUAGCUGUGGCUGUAGAAGAAAAACAAAGUAGAUUAACUGAAGUAUUACGGGAUAGAGUGAGAGGGAAGUUGAGAACUGUUAAGGUAAAUAGUUUUAAUUGAAUUUUGAUUUAGCAUUCAAAUGAAACAUGUAACUUAUUGUAUGUAUGAUUCUAUAAAAGGCAGUAAGUUCAACCAGUUUAAAAGACUCAUCAUUUCUCCCAAACCAAUUGGAGCGCAUCAGAAAAAAGUUAAGUGCUGAAUAUGGAAAGCCUGCAUUUUAUCUCAGUUAUUGUUUUCUCUGUGUUUUUAAAAUAACAAGAAGCACACUAAAAUACCCUUUGUUUUAGGCUGAACAAGAAGAAAAAUCUUGCGACAAACCCUACUCUGAUACUAAAGAAUACCAACACAACUCUGAAGUGAGCACUGAGGUAAUAAAAUAUUUGUAAAAUUGCUGCCAACACUGAUAAGCUGCACCAUUGCUUUUUAUAUUCAAUUUGGUGCAACAAAUUCUAAUAUGAGCAUAUUUUUGUAGAAUGUGUGAUUCUGGUUACUCCUGCCAUUACAUAUAGAAAACACCUGUGCCGUCAAGAAGAUGGGUAUCAUUCAAUCCUGAAUCUCUUCUCACUUUCUCACUGCUUUUUUUAAAAGCACAUCUCCAUCCCCUCAAAAAAGGAUCCAGGGAACUGACAUUUUUAGGAGUGCUGUGAGUUGUAGCUCUGUGAGGUAUAAACAACAUUUCCCAGGAUUCUUGGGGGUGGGGGCAUGUGUGCUUUAAAUGCAUGGUGCAUAUUCAAGAAUUUCAGUAUCAGAGAGGUGGGGAGAAGCAAGAGAGAGAUGCUUGCUACUUGUUCCUCUUAAAAAAAAUAUCUCUCUGAUAACUCUGUAAUCUAGAGCUUCUUCUUGCUGUGGCAAAAUUUGAUAAAAGCCAAAGAAGCACCCUGCUCCCUCUUAAGCAACAUGAUCUAGAGGUGUUUUAAGUUGAAGGUCAGCUGGAGAAGACAGAGAGAUAGGAAUUACCUUUGUUUACAGAAAGAUUGGCAUAUGCUGUCUCCCCUCUACAUUCAGAGUACUAAGAUCUGAAUGAUGAAGAAGGUAAAUGAUUUUGGCAACAAAGCUAUGGGCAGAGGUGUGUGAACUAAGGCAUUAUAAGGGAAGGCCUAAGAGGGAAAUGUUUCAUUAGACAGGGUAGGAAUGAGAAGAUGAUGAACCAAAAUUUAAGCUGAGAAAGAUAGAGAUGAAUUGGUGGGUUUUUAUAUAAGAACACGUGACUUGACUUGGUGAGAAGACUGAAUAUGAGAAGGAGGGAGGGAGUAAAACAGCCUCAGUGCUAGGUUAGAUGGUGAUGUUGUCAAUAGAUAUAACAAAGGAUAAUAAAGGAAAAUUAAGUUUCUGGAGAAAGAGAAGGCUACCCAGCAUUUAGCACUACUGACUGAUAAUUAUUCACCAAAUUUUAAAUCUUAGAAUGAAGUCUCCUUUGAUGAGGGUUUUAUAUUUUUUACAUCAACUUUUGAAGAUUACUCAAAACUGAAAGAAACUGAUCAGAUCAUUGACCAGGUAUUGCUAUUCUUUUCUUCAUACAAAGUGUAUUCUUUUCUGUUGCAUUAUGAUGCUGGAGUGUCUUGAAAGUCUUCUGUCAAAUAGAUGUCUAGUAUUUGAAGUUGUUUAUAGCUACAGUUAAUUCACUUUCUCUGUUAACAAAGGAAAAUUAUGAAAUAAGCUAUUCAAAAGUUUUCUUCAGUGGCCCUAAACUUAUAUACAAAAUAACUAUAUAUCCUUAAACAAAAGAAAAAUAAUUUUUCUUUCAUUCUUUCAUUUCAAAGUACCUUGUACCAUAGAUUUCCUAGAUAUAUUUGACCAUGAUCCAAAUAAGUAUUUGACUUACAUUUAUAAACAAUUGUCGUGGAACUGGAGCUUUCUUUAAAAUGUUUAACUUUUUCACAGACUUUUCUUACACUUUCUAUUGUUGCAAAGACCAGCUGGCCACUUUAAUACUCUGUUGAUUACUUCAAAGGGAUGAGCUGGGUUGCAAUUAGUUGUAUAUAGGUGAGAAAGUGCUAAAAUGAGCAACAAUAUGGGCUGGGCUGGAGAUUGCUUGUGAGUGAGCUGGAAGGAGAGAGAUGCUUUGAGAGCUAGGGACAAAAACAUGUCUUGUUGUGUUCUGAAUCCAAAGCUGUGGCUAAUGGAGAAGCAAGACAUUACUGCUGUGAGCCCCUCUGUCCUGUGCUCAAGUUAUAUUUAUGUAAAUAAAACCAUAUAUCUUAAAGACACCACAGUCUCUACUGACCUUCUUUCCAAGGAAAUUGAGCCCGAGCAAGCACACAAUCCCUGGAGACUCUCACUGCUUGGAGUGGCAUGGAACCAUAUUUGGCAUGGCCCUGUGUCUUUAUGACUAUAUCAGAGUCCUUAGAACAAAUAUGUGAGAAGCUAUAGAAAAUGAAUACAGAAGUUUAUUUUGUUUUCAAGUGAAUGAGAGUGAGGAAGACAGCAUUUUGGAUGAAAUCACUAUGCAUUUCUUUCUUGCUUUGUUGCUGGAGGGAAAUACACUGAUAUUUGUUUAAGCAGAGACACUGGGAGAGAUUAGGUUUUUUGGCUACACAAAGCACCAGACCCUGUAUAUUUGUUUUUCAACAAGAUCAGAGAGGUACUGCUUGUUUCCCCACACCUAUGGACUAGACCAGGGGUUGUCAACCUGGUCCCUACUGCCCACUAGUGGGGGUUUCAGGAUUCUAGGUGGGCGGUAGGGAAUUCUAUGGAACAAGCUGAAUCCUCCUUCCAUCGAGCACCGCUGUGCGGUAAGGAAAUUUUACUAUCAAGAAAGGUGCAUUAGUGGGCGGUGGGUAUAAAAAGGUUGACUACCCCUGGACUAGACUAUGCGCUGAAAUGCCUGCACAUUCUGAAUGUAAGCAGUACUGGUGAUACUUCAUUUUUUAAGUAUUUGUGGAAAAUGCCUAUUUUCACAGAGAUAGAAAAUAGUGAUCCAGGUACUGUAUUAAGGAAUCACUUAAUUCUUCAUACUUGGAUACUGUUUAUUAAACCUGAAAGUUGAAGUUUGAGUUUUCUAAUUCCAAUGAAAACAAUAAAAUAUAACAAAAAUUGUAGCUAUCAAUGUUUAUCCAUUAUAAAUAAUCAAACGGUAACAAUAAGGUGCUUCCUUUAUUAGGACCUAUUGAAAGAUUAGAAAGAAGUGAGCAAACUGGUCCUAAUACAGUGGUGCCCCGCAAAACGAAUGCCUCUCAAGACGGAAAACCCGCUAGACGAAAGGGUUUUCCGUUUUGGAGGUGCUUCACAAAACGAAUUUCCUAUGUGCUUGCUUCGCAAGACGAAAAUGUCUUGCGAGUUCCUGCGGGGUUUCUUUCCUUUCCACCCCCUUUUUCCCAAGCCGCUAAACCGCUUAUCAGCUGAUCGGCUAAGCCGCUUAACAGCUGAUCGCUAAGCCGCUUAUCAGCUGAUCCGCUAAACCCGCUAAGCCGCUAAUACUGUAGCGCUAAUCCGCUAAACCGCUAAUGGGCUUGCUUCGCAAGACGAAAAAACCCGCAAGACGAAGAGACUCGCGGAACGGAUUCUUUUCGUCUUGCGAGGCACCACUGUAAUGGUGUUACAGCACUACAUAAAACAUAUUGGACUCAUAAAAUUAUAAAGCACUUUGUCUGGAAAUUACCUAUAUCUAUUCCAACAUGUUUAUGUAGAUUGUUUUCUAUUGGUAUCUGUCCCAUCGCUCUCUAUAUUUCUAUCACACUUAUUUUUUAUUAUGAUUAACAGAAAUCAAUAAAUGACAGCUUUCAAAAUGUCUGUGGUUUAAAUGAACAAGCUCCUUUGCUUGAUCAUGUGAGAGAAAUACUACUACCAGAACUGCUUGAAGUAAAACCUCCUGAGUGUGAAUGCAGUAAUCCCGAUAAGCAAAAGCAAUGGGACCAACAACUUUUUCUGCCAAGCACUUCCCCGGGUAAUGUAUGUUGCAAAAUAUGACAGUGACUUAGAUCUUAUAAAUGUGCAUGUGAACACACAAAUACACAGUAGGCUGCAGAUAGUCUGAUCUUGUUCAUUUUCUGGUACAAAUGCAGAAAUGACUGCCACCCCUCACCAGGUAAGAGGCCAUGGAAUGCAUGGAAAGUGCCUGUUUUCAGGUUAGCCCAUUAAGAGACUAGUUCUUCAAAAGUGGGCAGAAUUCAAGAGAGGUGGGCUAGAGGCAGAAACUCUAAAGGUCCUAGAACACUUUCAGUCCUUGUCAAAGCAAGUUGUUUGCUAGGAGCUGCUUGGUGCUGUGAUAAUAGACCUGCCUUGCUACAUGAGCUUAUCUGCAGGACCAGAAAAGGACACGUUUCAGUAUCAACCAUUCUGAGAGAGAAGGAAGGAUUAGAGAGAAGAGCAAAAGUUAGUGAAAGAGAGGGCUCAUUUUAAAAUUUGCUAUAUUUGGCGUAGGUGGUUAAGCAGUUUGUUUUGUGUUACUGUUGUACUUUUCUGGAUCAGAUUUAAAUAUCUGACCAGCAAAAAAAGAAGAGGAUAAAUUAAUUCAAGAAUUUACCUUCUACCUAUAUGUCACCAUAACUUCAUAAUAAUUGUUCUCAGUUAUACAGAGCUGUAAAUUGCCAGACAAUAUGGCACCACGAUUCCUAGAAGAUGAAGGAUUUUAUAUUCCAAGAAAGCCUCGUGUAUCUAGGAAUACAUACUACAAAAUGGAAAACCGUCUUCUUCAGCAAGAUGGGGUAAAUGUGCUGCUUAGUUUCUAAAAACUUCUGUUACCUAAAUAAUAUGUUUAAAAAGCAGAUGAUUUGCUUAAUGUUGUUUGUGCUUCUGAAUCAUAUUUAUUAAGGGGAAAAACUGGUUUGAAGAAAGCGGGGAAAUAAUGUCAUUGCCUUCUCCAAUCAAACCAUCAAGUUACUACAGAGUGUUUUUUCCUUCUGAGAUUGACCCACGAUUAAAUACAACAUACAGGAAGGUUUGUUUCUUUUUUCCACUUUAAAAAACAAAUACACUUCAUUUUUAAGAUUAUUAUUUUGCUAGGAAAUGCUUUAUAUUCCCGGGCUAGAAAUACUAUGUAGGGCUGGGAGUAUAUUUUAGAUGGAAUUGUUAAUUCGCAUCUUUAUAACUAAUGAAAGUUGAGGAAGCUCUCUACUGCACUAGGAGUUGUGCAGUGUACUAUUAAAAUGGAAUGAAUAUUUGAGCUAAUAUUAACAGUAAUAUAUAAUAUCUUAUGUUUUAGCUAAAAUAUUUUAAUGUACUUCAUUCAUUUUAUAGACAUAACAGUACACUUAAAAUCUAGUGAUCAAAUAAAAUUCUAUAAAUCUAGUGAUUUCUAUAAAUUAGUUUGCUAAGGAAUCAAACACACAUCAAAUUAAAUAAUGGUCUGAAGGCACAUAAGGCCACCACCUUGUUCAAGCUAUAGGUAGGGUCUCAUUAGUGCAUAAGUGUCUGGAAAUCACACGUACUCUGUCUUGGGUGCUAUGAAGAAAGAAAUUUAGGAUAUUAAUGUGAUAAAAUUAAUAUUAAAAAUGUUCAGUUUAUCUGAAGUAAGACUAAUAGUCACCAGAGUGACUCAGAAUAAACACCUUUAAUUUGGGGUGGAGGUAUGUUUAUCAUGCUUUUUUACAUAUGUAAUAUUUAUGCUCUCAUGUAAAAUACACCUUAUAUUUUUGUAGAUGUGAUAAAUUCUUGUACAUAUAUUUAAGGCUGAAUCGUAUAGCAACUCAAAAGUAGUAAAUAAGAGUAACAGUUAGUUUAGUAACCAAGAAUUAACACAGAAAUAGUUUUUAGGAGAGUCAAUUGAUACGAGAGAAGCAUCACUUUCCACAGUGUAUACUUAUACACAUUUUUGUCCACUGUUAUCUCUGGUCAAGGAGGUUAUGCAGUUUUUUUUUAAUGCUGUGAAAACCUAGAAAACAAAGCAAAAACUACCUAUCAGAGCCAAAAACGUGUGUGCCAGAUGGAGUAAUUCCUCAUUCAGAUCAUAUUCAACUCUGAAAACUUGUCACUUCACCUCAAAUUUACUUUUUUUUAAAACAUAGGCAAUGCAACCUCAACUGGAAAACUGCAUCAUAACUAAGUCAGAGGAACAGAGCAAAAUUUAUCAACUGGAUCUUAACAUAUCAAGUAUUGUGUUUAGCCAUCAUUUUUUUUUCAACUGUGAACAAGUACUGGCUGCCAGGUUGCUUGACCUUUAUGACUGCUUUCAACAACGGCAGCAGCAAAACGUUACUCUCUUGCUAUCUGAAAAAGUAAGAAAAUGCUUUAUGUUACAGUUUUAGUUAUAAGGUAUGAUGUAAAAGGCUUUAAGACUUCAGGAUGUCACAGCUUGAAGACUUGAUGUCUUCAUUCUGACAGAAUGGGCAGUAAAAUGGCAAAUGAAAAUCCAUGUAAACGAAUGCAAAGUGAUGCAUAACAGGACAGGAAAAAACCAACAAUCCCAAAUAUCCAGAAAGGAUAUUGUCCUGUAGAGUGUGAAACUUUCAUUUUAAAAUAUUAAUAAUUUUAACAAAAUACCACAUGAAGUUAUUCGCUAAUAAAAUUUUUUAAUGCAUUUUAAAUAAAUUAUUUUUUAUUACAGCUCAAAGCAUUAAUAAGUUCCACAAAAUUACUGGAAAGUAACUUAAAAACAAGUGAGCUAAGUACGAAAACUUUGAAGGAUUACAGAUCACAAAUAAGGUACCUAUUUAAAAUGGGGCAGGAGGAGGAAUUGACUGUGCUAUAGGUAUAUACUGCUUUGGUCAAUGCUGAUUUCCAAGAGUGCAAAGUUGGAAAUAGUGAGUAAUCUGCAUUGACUCAAAAUCAAUUCCCUGAGGCAACUGAUUAAGAUGCUUUGAGGUUUUAACCACGUUGAGUACCCCUCCAAUCAAGUAGAAAAUAAAUUUUAUGAAAUAAAAUAAAAAACAAACAUCACCACCAUCAUUUCAAUUUGUUACCCACCUUUCAGCAUCAGAUCCCAGGGUAGGUUAUAACAAUGUAAAAUUCAAAAAAGUUAAAGCAUGUUGCAGUUCCAGGAAUAGAGUGGGUGCUGUAAAUAUGUCUCUUGGGUGUCAAAGCCCAGGUAAAGGGGUGCAUCUUCAGCAUACAGUGGAAAUUAUGUACUGUGAAAGUACCAGAUGCAGAUACAUGUACAGUCAUACCUUGUGUUGUGUUUGCUUCAGGUUGAGUGUUUUCAGGUUGCAUCCCGUGGCGACCUGGAAGUACCGGAAAGGGUUACUUCCGGGUUUUGCUGCUCACGCAUGUGCAGAUGCUCAAAAUGACAUCACACACAUGCGCAGAAGCAGUGAAUAUGCACAGACGCGGGUUGCGUUCUGCUCAUGUUGCGAACAGGGCUCCGGAAUGGAUCCCAUUCGCAACCAGAGGUACCACUGUAAGUUGCUAUUCUGUUAUUUGGUUGUAGGUCUAGGCCCAGACCUCUUUUUAUUGGAAGUGGGUAGCAUUGUGAGUUUGGUGGGUGUCAUUCUGAAUGGUGCCAUGAAUCCCUUCCAAUUCUUGGGCUCCUGCAUCUGUGUGGAUAGAAUGUACAGGCUUGCCAAACCAAUUCCUUUAUUAAGGUAAUGACUUGGUCUGGCUUGUUAAGCACCACGAUUAGUAUAACCAAAGAAGUUGCUCUGUGCCAUACAACAAAUGGGUGGGAUUUCCCCCACCCACCCACUCUGUUGGGUAGGAGAACAUUGGCAUCCUCUUGCCUAUGAGCUGGAAGCAGGAGACACAGAUAUGCAGUGAGCCCUUCUAUCAUAUGCUUAAGUUGUAUAUAUGUAAAAAUAAAACCAUCUAUCCUAAAGAUGCUACAGUCUCUGCUGACCUUCAUUCCAAGCAAACCAAAUUCUGGGCAAAGUGCUAGAACCCCUAGAAUCUCUCACUGCUUGGAAACUGGGGCAGUGUGUAACUAUAUUUAUAAAAUACUUUAAUCGCAGGGGAAAUGAAUGUACAAUUUAUGUCAUGAUUUUAGAUUUUUGUUUAACAACUGCAAACCAUUAAAUGGAAUUUUAAGUUUGUGCUCAGGUUUUUCCCCCUGUUUUGCAUUAUAAAAUACCAGAAAUACCAGAAUAUUACAUGAUAUAGAACACCAAAGAGAUAAAUGCUUAAUACAAAGUAUUAUGAAAGUAUGGAAACAAAUAAAAUCUCUACGGAGACAGCAAGGAUUUGUUAGUUCUACUGUCAGGCUGCAAUUUCAAAAGUAAGUCGUAAUGAUGAUCUUUCAUAUAUGAUUUUUAAUUCUUCAGGAAGAUUUAAUCUAGUCCUUGUGUGUUUGUGUUUCUCAAAGAGAAGAAAUUGAAUUUAUCCCAGUUUGUUUGUUUAUAUGUACUGAUAAACAGCUUGAUAUCUUUAAAAUCUCUAAAAAUUAAUCUAAAAUCUAAAAAAGACAAAAAGCAGGAUUUCGUGUGCUCAGUAAACUAACAGUAUUUGGAGAUCAAGGAGUAUGUUUCUCUGAGGAUGUGAUGUAGGGCAGUAUAUUUUGUUUGAAUGCUUAGGCCAGGCUUCCUCAACCUCGGCCCUCCAGAUGUUUUGAGACUACAGUUCCCAGCAUCCCUGACCACUGGUCCUGCUAGCUAGGGAUCAUGGGAGUUGUAGGCCAAAAACAGCUGGAGGGCCGAGGUUGAGGAAGCCUGGCUUAGGCUGUAUGCCUCCAUCUAUGCUUAACCUGUAUAUUUGUAAAUAAAUUCAAAUAUUACAAAAUGCAAUGGACCUCCAAUGAUUUCCUUCCAAAGGAACAAAACUCAGAUAAUAGCUGCAGAGGCAGAGCACUGGAGGGCUAUAAUUGAGUGUGAGAAGAGUGACGGGUGAAAGAGCACUUCCUUUUUCCAGUUACAUAUAUCCUCUUCACAUUAAAAAGGGAGAGGAAUCGUACAACCAAAUGUCAGAUAACAUUUGACCCUAAAUGUAGAGGUUUCAUUGUUUUCUCCCCAUCUUUCAAUAAGGCUGACAUAUAUCUCAGAACUUGAUGAAUUCGAAGGCAACAUAUCAGAAGAGAAUGAAAAUGCUCCAAGAGACGAAAGAUAUACUGAUUUAUCAAACAAAUUUUCAGCAGCUGAAAGAAGACAGAAGGUUCUUAAGUUGAAGGAGUUGCAGAAUAGUAAAUCAUUGUGCCAUAGGAAAAUGGCUGUGAUUAGCACUGUUCCCUGUUGCUUUGUGCUCAGUUAAUUUCUGGCACUUAUUGUAGAAAUCUGGUUGACCUUAUGAAUAUUUUAUAUACAGUGUAAAUUCAGAAUUGAAGAGUACUCUCUCUCAUACAUGCCACUCUAAGCUUAUUACUGCAGGUUUUUUAAUUGGAAUGCAGAUAUUGUGGUUUGUUUGAAAUAAUGUAUUGGGUGCAAUGAAAAUACAAAUAUUGAUUUCUAGGCAUGCUUGGAUUCAGCUCAUACCUUUCAAACCACAAUGGACAUUGGAGGGAUAAAUGAACCCCUUUUGAUACCACAUCUUACCUUUGUAACAGAAAUAACAGCAGAAGACAUGUGCCCUCUGUGAGUUGCAGGUUUCCUUUUUUUUAGUUUUACAAUGCACCUAUAUAAAAAUGUAUUUCCCCAGUAGUAUAAAUACUACUGGGGGGAAAUUUAUGUGUGUGUAUAUCUAUCUAUAUCUAUCUAUCUAUAUCUAUCUAUAUAGAUAGAGAUAGAUACAUAGAUAUAUAUAUAUAUGACACAAAGAGAAGACUGUGCACCUGUAGUUUUCUGCUUAUUUAUUGAGUUUUAUAAUGCUUUAUGAUGGGGGAAGGGGGGAAAUGCCCCUUAAGUGAGCCGGCCCCCAGCCAGCCCAUCCCACACCUCAUUUUGCUUCUGAAAGUGGAGAUGACAAUGACAAUAGCCUGUGCAUGUCCGAUAUCCAGAAAUAACUAUGUUCCACUGGUUCUUUCCACUCCACCAUUAUGCCCAUUACUGUACAGUGGUACCUCAGGUUAAAGACGCUUCAGGGUAAAGAUGCUACAGACUCCGCUAACCCAGAAAUAUUACCUCAGGUUAAGAACUUCGCUUCAGGAUGAGAACAGAAAUCGCGCGGCGGCAGCAGAAGGCCCAUUAGCUAAAGUGGUGCUUCAGGUUAAGAACAGUUUCAGGUUAAGAACGGACUUCCGGAACGAAUUAAGUUCUUAACCAGAGGUACCACUAUAUAUCAAUGCUGUCCUCCAAGACCAUUUCUGAAGUUCAGCAUUUCCCAUCUUGAAGCAGUAGGGGGAGCCAAAUCCUAUGUGAAGACCAUCACUGAAGGGAAAACCUGGAAAUUUCCUGAAUGUUUGGCUGCCAGUUACUCUGAAUUUCUGCUAAUUGUAGGACACAGUGCACUAUGGGUAUAAUCCAGUUAUAUCCAUUGGCUUAUGCAGGCCCGUCUUACCCAUUGAGGCUAGUGGCGCGGGACGCCAGGGCGCCAAAUUCUGGAGGGCACCAGGCGAGAGUCUGGGGAACACCGAACGAGCGUGCUGAGUGAGUGAGGGUUCGUGCGCCGCUCCCACCGAGCGUUGGCUUGUUUUUUUCCCUUUCAGCCUGCAGGCGCCGAAUUCUGCGGGGUGCCAGAACGCUAAAAGGGAAAAAACUGAGCCAACGCUUGGCGGGAGCGGUGCACAGUGUGCUGCCUGCCAUGGCCACUGUGGCACGAUGCGGCCAGCCUCCGCCUCUUCCCCACCCUCCAGCCACUGCCUGCCUCCUCUAGCCCUAAAAAAAAGGUCAACUCUGGGAAAGGGGGGAGGUGCCGGAGGGAUCUUUGCACCAUGGCACCAAAUAUGCUUAAGACGGCCCUGUGCUUAUGCAACAUAAAUCUUCUGGUUUACCAUCUCCCCCCCCCCCCCAAAUCUGCCCUGGAGGAUCCCCCAGCCCUUUGGAGCAGAUUUGGGGGGUGUGGGAGCUGCAGGUUAGAGGAGAGGAAGAAGCAGUUUCACUGUGUGAGCAAUGGUUCCCUAAUUUUUGGAGCUCUUAAUAAUUUUUGUGGUAAAAAGAAACACACAUAUGAGAAUUGUGACUUCAAACCCCAGUGAUAGAAAGAAAAUGUAACUUUAUUAUUGAUAUCAAAAUCUUUAAUAACCUUGAACAAGUUAAAGAAAAUACGUGAUUAUGCUGUAAUCCCCCAGUUUUUGGUUUGACAUGGAAUAUAUAAUUAAUAUUCAAUUUAAUUCUGUACACAUUAAACAUUUAAAAUGUUUGCCAUAGUGAGAACCAGUGUAGGAAAAGUGUGAGCACAUAUUUUAUUGUACUUUGAAAGUUUCCUCUGAUUUGUUGGCUGGUUGUGUAUAUAAAUAUUAAAAUAUUAUUUGAUCUGGUCUGUAUUCCGGUAUGUUUAGAGAUGAACGACAGAGAAGAGAAAAAGUCAAAAUGGAAAAAUACUUUAUUAAAAUAUAUUACAACAAUAAACUGGUCUCCUCUACUUCCGAAGCGCCUCUUCACCAGGAUUUUAAAGUAAUAUUUCAGCAAAUUUUUAGAAUUCAAGUAUUAAACUGGCCUGAAUCUCUUCGAUUAGAGGUAUGCCUAGUUAGAUGAUAAAAAUAGUUCAACAGUGUACUGUAGCUGAAGCUGUUCUUUACAAACCAUACACUUUGAAGAAAAUUGGUUUGUAUUUUGAUGUAAUAUUUAAGAACUAUUGUUCAUACUCAGCAUAGCUUCCUGUAUUUUUAUUUUAAUGGGUAGGCUGCAUAAAAAUUGUGUGAAUCUAUGGUGUUCCAUAAUGUGUGAAAAUGUCACAUGUCUUUUUCACGCUGUCAGGAUUUUGGCAUCUCAAAUUUCCGUGGUGCCCUGUGCAACGCCAAAAUCCAGCACUCUUUGCCUCUUGCCUUCCAUUGGAUAUCACAGUUGUGGCACCAGCUUCAGCACCCCAGACUCUCUGUGCCCAGAGUGAUUGCACCAGUCACACUCCCCUAGACCCACCUUUGAUGCUGUGUUAUAUUAUCUGUACAUGCCAGUGGAAAGUGGGGCCAAUUGUGGCUUCCUUGUAGGACGUGCAUAUGGUAAAGAAGAAAAGAUGUAGUUACAUUUUGGGAGUACAUCAUGAGUCCAUGUGAUAUAGCCACUGAUUUUGUAAUGUGUGGAUUUUAGAACAUAUUUAUAAUCUUAGAUCAGUGGUACCUUUUACACAAUAUUGUGCUGUACUGAUGACUACUUGUUUAUUUAAAAAGAAUCCACUUCACACUAGGUACUGUACUGAUUUAUAAGAUUUCAGCCUUUUAAUGUGUAUAAUAGGGUUUCUUUGCAUAUUUUUUUCCUUGCCUUUCUUGGGUUAAGCUGACACAGCUUAAUCUUUUUUAAAAACAUUGGGUGAUUUGUUUAAUUUUAGAUAUUUGAAUCAAGUAGAAAACCGACUUUGUUGGCCAAAGUGUUCUUACCUCUUCCCAAUAAUGUUACAUUGAAAAACAAAGAUGUUCUGGACGAGGCAGAGUUUAGUUGUGAACAACAAGUUAAACCUUCCAGUGGGGCAGUGGGAAGCAGUAAGUUCAUAAUAUAUGUUUUUAACUUGAUAGGUAUGGUGGUGGUGACUACUAUUUUGCGGAUCAUUCAAAGCAAUAUGCUACAAUAUGUCUCUGUGGAUGAUCAGUACAGGAAACUAGAUAUGGGAUGGGUGCCUCUAUUAAUUCUGCUGCACCUGUCAGUAUGAUAAUGGCUUUCUUUUUUAAAAUGCUUAUUCCUCCCAUUAUAUCCAGUGAUAUAUUUGAUAGAAUUAAAAGGUUUUUACAUAGAGCCCCCAAACUCUGAGGAUAUUUAGCUUUCUACCUUUAGACCUCUGAUAAGUCACUGUGAGGGCUAGUCAAUAUGCAAUGAUGGCAGAUCCAUGCAUUUAGAUGUAGCUCGAUGGGCAUAGCCAAGGGGGGGGGGCAAGUGCCCCCCUGAAACAAAACAAACAAUAAAUACAAAUCUGAGGUUCUGCCCUCCCUAACAAAAAACUCGGCUACACCCAUGUGUCCCAGUCACAGAUUGGAUGUAUGGCAGUUAUCAUUAAUUCACUCAAAUGAUGCAAAAAUAGGAAUGUUUGGGGGUGUUAAUGGUAGUUUAUAUCUCAUAUAAUGUUUCCUCUCCGUCUGUGUAGGCUUAUCCACAUUGCAGCAUUAAUGUUAGUAAUAGUACGUUAAACAUAAUUAUAAGGUCUUGUUAUCAAAAGGCUUAUUUCAGUUAUGUUUUUGACAGAUGUAUCUUUUUUCCUUGAUGAAAAAGAAAGAGAAGAACUAUGUAUUCUGACAUCAGGAAAAUUAAUGUAUUCUUUAUCUUGGACAGUUGAUGACACAGGAGCUCCUUUAGCACCCACAUUUCAGCCCCUUCAUGUUGCCUGCAUUAGGUAAUAAGGUUUAUAUUUGCUGAAUAGAGUUCCAUCAUAAUGAGACUUGUUUAUCCCUUUAAUUCUUUUUUCUUUUUCUUUAGUGUGCCAAGGUGUAUCGAUUCAGGAAAAGGAACUGGAAUUUGGCAGCAUUCUGACAUACAGAAACUAAUUGAGUGGGCAAAAGAAGCCAAUAUUGAUCCAAACAACCCUGACUAUUUGGAUUUGAUUGAGAUAAUCAUGGUAAAUAUUUAAGUCUCAGUAGCUAGUGUAUCAGUUGAUACUUAGGUCUUUGUCAUAUCAGAGACUUUUUGGAAAUGUGAGGUGUGCAUCUGACACACAUUUUGCUGAGCUCCUGAACCAGGUUUGCAAGAUCCAUGCACCUGCACUUUCUGAUGUGCAAAAGUAUCAUUUCAGCAUGCAUGUAGAACAUAACAUUGCAAGCGAUAUUAAGAGAAGUAAUUUUUUUACUUUAACUUUUAAAAAGCCAUAUUUAUUUGUUGUAGGCAACUAACUUGCUAAAUAAAUUAUUUUAUAUUUCCUAGAAUACAAAAUCCUUGGAGCAAAAUGAAUCAAAAUACUUUCGUCUUGAACAGCUGCAAGAAGAAUUUAACUUUGUUACUGCAGAAGAGAUUACAAAUUGUAAACGUUUCCAGCUGUUGCAGCUGAGAAGCUUGGGACAGUUAGAUUUCUAUGGUUUCCAGCAAAUUCCUCUGUAUGACAGAGAAAUACCAGACACAGUCUUUCAGGUAUUCCACUUUAAAAACAAAUGUUGGCCUACAAUUUUGGAUACUGUUUGCUUGAAUACAAACAGUAUUGACUAUGUGUUUCAUUCUAAUAUCCACAUUCAUGUUGUGCAAUAUUGAUUAUGUAUUCUGAGGAAUGGAGCUUUAUGAUGCCUUUCUACAUAGUUUUAGUAAAUUCAGUUUAAAAAUGGAUUUCUAUCUUGUCUUUUUUUCAAGAAGCUCAAGACUGCAUACAUAAUCCCAGGCUCUUGAAUAACAUAUGGAGAAAACAAGGAAAUAUCAAAUAUAUAAUGUUUAUAUAGGAAAUCAAAGGUAUACAUUAAUUCAUACAACAAAGUACUGUACUUAGAAAGUAUUAUUCUAAAGCUGAGGGACAAAAUGCUUGAGAGUUAUGCGAGUUCCCCAGAUACAAUGAAAAAUGGAACAAAAUUGUAGCAACUUAAGUUGUAUAUGGCUAGCUGCACAAUCCAGUGAAAAUUAAUGCUUUAUGAUUAAUGAACUAAUUCUUAUUUCAGGCAUAUGGGAACCAGUUAGAAAAGGACAUGAUGACAGAUGCAGAUCCUAUUUCUGCACGAAGGAAUAGUUCAGCCUCUUUUGUUAGGAUGGUAUGAUACUUUCCAUAAAUUUAAAAUUGAAGCAUAAAUGGCUACAGAAGUACUGGAAAUACAGCUAGGUGUUUCAGUCUGGGUUGGGUUCAAGGACUGUUUGAGUCAUCUUGUGUCAAACUUGGUUUCAUGUCAGUAUUGUAUGCCUAUGAAGCAUCAAAAUUGUCAUCACUGCACCUGCAACAAUGAUCAUAUGUAGCACACCUGUGCUUAACUCUUCCCACCAUUUGCUGUAGUAAUCUGGAGGACCCCUUUCAAUUCCCACUUAGAACUAAAAGUAAUAUCUGAUUUCAAAAUAAUUCAAAAUAAAAAAUAGAUUUUGUCCAUAUCAUGUUCUAAAAAAGUAGUCUAUAAUGCAAAAACAUUUGAGGUAUACUGGACCUUACAAUGUUGUUGUCUAUGUAGCUAAACCCAUGAUGAUUUAGUUUCAUAUUGCAUUCAUCGAGUCUCUUUUUUAUAUACAGAUGAGAAAACAAGCUACAAAACGAAUUGUGACCAUUAGGCACAAGUUUAACUUAUCAGAUAUUGUGAAUGAUUAUGAAGAAAUUAUAUCUAUGAGGUACAAUAUUCAUUUAUUAUGUAAAAAGUUAAUGGACUAUACCCCAUUCACUUUGCUGCUUAGUGUAGGGCUAUGUACAUAUAUUUUUGGCUGUUCUAUAAUCUUCCAUAGACCACCUGACUAAAGUUUCUGAAUUUGACGGUUCAUUUUAUUACAAAAAGCCUAUAGAAAAACAUUGAAGUUUAAAACUUAAUUUGCUAGAAUUAUCUUACAAAAUGCAUAAUUAAGAUUUAGAUUUUUCUCAUAUGAGCAUAUGCAAGUCUGAUCUAAAUUAUUUCCUUUUUUUAAAUAGUGAAUUGAGUAAUGCAGUUUUUAAGCUAGGUGAACGCAAAAGACAUUUGAAACCACAAAGGAAAGAGAGGCGAAAGAUUCCAGCACAGGCUGUCUCUGAUGGAGAUGUAAAACUUCUCAUCAGAAUAUUGAGAGCCUAUAAUAUCCCUGCAAGAAAGGCACCACCAACUAAGUAGGUACAGAAUUCCUAGAUUAGAAAGGUCUUGACUCUUGAGAAAGACUGUUUAUAUCAACACAUUGUGUCAUAGAGAAUUGCAUAAUGGUUGGCUUCCGUCUGUCUCGGGAGUUGCAUACAUAUUUCAUAAUCUGUUCUAUAUGCCUAUCAGUAUAAAGUUUCCACUUGGACAUAACAUCUAGAAUGAAGGAACAAUUUCAACUGCUAAGAAUACUGCUACAAAUAUUUUGUUAAAUAUCUUCAGUAUCUUAAAAGUCAUUGAAUGAAGUGAGACAGAUACAAUGGUUAAGUUACAAAAAAUAUUUAUGGGAAAAUCCAGUGAAAUUGAAGUAUAACAAGGAGAAUUAUAGGGAAAGCAUAUUAAAACAUAGUGCAUAUUUUACUGCAGCUUCUAAUCAUCAACACAUUGUUAGCAUUUUGUGCUAUUUUUAUCCGAAGUUCAGCUGUGCAGUGAAAGACUAUUUUAGUGUACAGAUAUGUAGAAGGAUUUUGUGAAAGUGUAAAUGGUUAGCAUAAUAGCCACUAAAUUUAAUCAAAUUAUGUUGAAAAAUCAAGGCUUUAGUGUACAGUAUUCUGAAACAAACUAAUAAUAUUUUUACAAGUUACUGUGUUUGAAAAUAAGUUUGUUCUUUUAUAUAUUACUGUGCAAGUAAUUUGGAUUACAAAAUAGUAUGCUGUAGCUGCAAGCAAACAGAGCUUUCUUUCAGAGAAUCUAAAUAAUAUUUUAACAAUAAUGAUUGACGUAGGGGGCAAAUCACAAAAUACUUGCUCUGGUUUAGUCUUAUUGACUUGCAUAGAAUUACAAGCAUUAUGCCGAAAUUCUCCCUUAAGAGAUGCAUUAUUCAUGAUUUUGCUUAAGUAGCAAAGCACAAAGAAAACUAUUAACCAUUAUUGCGUCUAAACUCAGAAUGAAGGCAUGGAUGGAUGUGGUUUAAAUAAAGAGCCACAACUUUAUUGAGCCACUGAAUAUUGAGCUACCUGCAACGGGCAGACUAAUCUUAAUUUAGCACACACACUCUACAAAUGUGGGUGCCUACCAGGUUGUGGAGGUUCAGCAACAGGUACUGCCUCCUCCUGUCUCUGUCUUGCUUUGCCAACUCCAUCUUGGCUCAGAGCCCCAGUUCAGAAGAUUGCUGCUCAUUGCUAACCCCUUUCACCUGGUUAGCAAUUAACGGAAAGCAAGCUGGUUGCCUACCUGCUGAGAUUGCGCCUCUGAUGGCAUUCAUUUUUUCCUUGUCUCAGUUUGCAAGUGUGUAUGCUGCAAUGUCAACUUUCAAAGUGGUCUUUUCCUGCCUCCACUCCAGCAGGAGUGCAUUUUCACUGCCUUUUAUUUCUAGUAACAACCAGCCAAUUAUGUACCUAUACAUAAGCAGGGAAUCUUGAUGCAUGUUAAUGAGGUAAACUGGCUGAAAUAUGCAUGUAAUUCUUGUUUACUAUCUCAAGGGUUGGAGUUGCUAAUUCGCCAUCCUAUUUACCAAAUCGUAUGUCCAGAGGCAGACAUAUUUUGUCAGGAAAUUCAGCCUAUUCAGCAGACCCUUUGUAUGAGGUAAUUAUGAAAAACAACAACACAUUUAUAUGCCCCCCUCUAAAUUAAUUUCCAAAUCAUGUCUAUUUUGUGUGUGCAGAAAUUAGUCUAAAGACUGCAGUAUAUUUAUACAUAGUUUCAUCUUGUGGUUAAAAGUUUGCUUUCAUUAAACAACAAGGCCUCUUUUUUGCUUCUGAAUCUCAGAUAUUUCAGCUAAUUUGAAUGCUAGUAUUCAGGGGGUGGAAUUUGAUUAUUACAUUGAGGGAGAAGGGAGCAAUCUGUGCUUGAAUCAACACCCAUGCUGUGCUGGCAGGACUUCAAUGAGCUUUGUGGCAUAGGGAUUGAAAGUUAUCCUAUACAUUGCAGUAAAACACAUUUAUUUUUGGAGAAUGAGGUGAUUCUAAAAUUUUAUUUUUAAUGUUGAAGACAUAAUGUCCUCUGCAAUAAGACUAGGUAGAGAAGGGUUCAGACUGAAUGCAGGACUCAGGUUGUGCUCUAGCAACACAGAGCUCCAGGGUUGGAUCAGCAAGGAAAAAACUAAGACUUGAUGCCAUACAGUAGUAGCAACAGCUGCAUCCUAAGUGCUAGCCUUGCCCAUUGCAAAAAAAGGAGUACCUUCCAUGAGUGUCCACAGAAAUAAUGGAGGCGGGGCAAUGUCUACGACUUGUAACCACAGCUUAUUGACUUGAUUAUUCAGUCUUUUUAUGAUUGAACCACACGCACAUGGUGCUGAAGAGAAACAACAAGAAACUGGUGGGCUGUUCCUGCUGGUGAUACACUAUAUUCUAUGAGAUUAUACAUUUCAGAACUAACUUCUAACAAGCUGCUUGAUUUUCUAUUUAACAAUAAUAGAAUAAGGCACUAGUAAGACAUACAGCUUCAGUUUGUCUAUACUGUAGGACUCUGAACCAGGUUAAAAAACCCUAAGACUAAAUUCCACACCUUUUACACAACAUCUGCCUUGGCUGUGGUUAGGGAUGUAGUUUACAGUUUGGUACCAGUUUGGUUGUCAAUUCGCCAAACUGGCAGCUGCUUUUGUGAUAGAAUGAGAACUGGAGUGUAUUUUUCUCUUGUAAUGCCCACUGGGUAUAUUAUAUUGGGAGGGGGGAGAUAAAUGCAUUACAUGAGUAACUUCGAUAUUAAUUUUUAAAAUGUCUGCAGUUUAUCUAAAUAACUGUAAUAAGGAAAAUGUCUAUGAUCAAUAGGCCUGAAAAUGAGACAAAACCAAAAUAAAUUCCAGUCUGUACUGCACAUUUUUAUUUUAGGUGGGUGUCCACCCUUUUGUAGAAGUUACCUUCCAGGACACAAUCUAUCAAACUAGCACUGCUGAUGGCUCUCAUCCAUGUUGGAACGAAGAACUGCAAGUUGAUUUUAUGUAAGUUACGUGUACCUCACUUUUAAUAAUGUGUACAGUACUUCAAGUUUUCUGUGGCCAAAUUUUUUUUUACAUUGCAGCCUGUUCCAUUAUUUUAAGUCUCUGAUUUCAACUGUAUAUAUCGGUUACAUAUGUUAAAUCAGUAAUCCCUGAUUUUGCAUGGUUGUGGAAAUUAUCUGAAUAUUAUCAUAGGGGUUGCCUUGCAGGGAGCCUGAAGAAUACGAAAUGUUGAAGGCUUCAGACUUUUUUUUGGUUUAGAAAUAUAGGUUUGGAUCCCAGGUUCCACAUUCUUGAGUAGAAGCAGUUCUGAUCAUGUAUUUGGUGAGUGGAGGUAGUCGCAGAUUUUUCCCCAGCUGCAGAAUCUCCUGGAGGAUAAAGAUACCAAUGGUGACUAGCCAUGAUGGCUGUGUUCUGCCUUCGCUUUUGGAGGCAGUAUGUCUCUAAGAACCAGCUUCUUGGAAUCACAAGUAGGGAGGGUGCUGUUGCACUCAGGUCUUCCUUGUAGUCUUCCCAUGGGCAUCUGUUUGGCCAGUGUAAAAACAGGAUGCUGGACUAUAUGUGUCUUCAGUCUGAUCCAACGGGGCUCUUCUGCUACCCCACCUCCUCAACUGUUCAUGGCUUGAGAAGUUAUGCAUAAAGGUGCAGUGCACAAGCAGAACUGCUUAGAGAACAUUAAACCAAAACCUCAGUACAAUAUGACAGUACAGUCAUAACUCGGAAGUCAGUCCAUUCUGGAAGUCUGUUCGGCUUCCAAAAGAAUGUUCGAAAACCGGAACACUCACUUCUGGUUUUCAAUCGUUUGGGAACUGGAAUGUUCUACUCCCAAGAUGUUCGAGAGCCAAGGUACGACUGUACAUAGUUUCAGUAACUUUGUUGUCAAAAUGUUUGAUUUAAUUUUUUUGCUUUUGUUUUUGUUUCAGCUCUCCAGGGCAUGAUUAUACUUUUUCAGGGCUAUCUAAAAUCAAAGACAAUAUAAAUAUUAACAUUUUUGAUGAAUUUGUGAUUGAAAAGCAUGAGGUAAAUUGUAGACUAAGUUUGUUUGGGUAAUGUGUACAAGGAAUCACAGAAGGUUAUAGUAUAGUAUGGUGGAGUACAGUAUUGUAUUACAGAUUUUAAAGAAAAGUCUGGUAUUUUGUACACCAAACCCUAUUUCAGCAUCAUAUUUGAAACUAGACAGCAUUUUUUCUAAGAAUGUUUUUAUAACCCAGCUAAAUCAUUUGGUAUUUUUACAAGUAUUAGAUGUUACCUCUUGUUUCUAGUUUAAAUAUUUGCAUUUCUUUUCAAAUUGUUUAUUAGCACUAGAAAUAAAAUUGGUGAUAUUUAAUGAAGAGAGAAUAUUACUGAAAAUCUGUUUUGUGCCCCCAAAGUUUUUGAUAAGUUGCAGCUAGGAAAAUACUUUUGGUCUGCUUAAACACCUUACAACGUGUUUAGGCAGUAAGUGAAUAAAGACGUGAGAUAGUUCUAAGAUUCAGCUGUUGAGGAAACAUAGUUGAAUAAUGCAUACUAAAAUACAAAAGAUUAACACAAAUUAUUAACUUCGUUAGGACACAUGUCCAAAAAACUGCAGUGGUCACUCCUAUGUAAGAAAGAAUUGGCUUGGAUCAGUUAUGUUUCCUUUCUCUACACUCCUGGAGCAAUCGAAGGUAAUGAAGAAGAAUCAUGCUUUUAAAGAUUUAGUAUCAUUAACUGCAGAUAAUGAGUUGCUUUUAAAAUAGCAAAAUUGUAAUGCAGCCAUAUCAUCAGCUUUUUAAACUCUUAACUUAAUACUUGCAUUUGUUUCAGUAAGCCAAAUAAUGUGCGUUUUCACAGAUUUGUGGUACAUUUCAAGUAAAUAUGCCACCGGUUUUGCUUGGAUAUACUUGGAGUAAGACAUAUGUGCCUCCCAAAGAAGAAUGCCAUGGCCAGAACUUGAAGGAAUAUACUUUUUUAACCAUCUUUGCCACUAUUGAACCUCAAAUAUCUUCUACUGAAAAUAAUUUAGAAUCAGACAAGGUUGGCCUUUAUUUUUUACUCUGUUUAAUAAAUAGGAUAAUUUGCAUGAUAUUAUUGCUUUGAAAUUUAUAACUGAGAUUAUAGUUUUGAUCUCAGUUUAAAAUAAGUUUUUAAGGACUUUGGAAGAGCCUGCUGGAUCAGGCCAAUCUGCCUUCUAGCCCAUCAUUCUGCUCUCACAGUGGGCAACCAGAUGCCUGUGGAAAGCCCAAAAGGAGGACCUUAUCACAAGAGCAUUCCCCACUCCUGUGGUUUCCAACAACUGGUAUUCAGAAGCCCACUACCUUCAAGCAUGGAAGCAGAGCAUAAACACAUGGCUAUUAGUUAUUCAUGACUGUAUCCCCCAUGAAUUUUUCCAGUCCUCUUUUCAAACCACCCAAGUUGGUGGUCAUCAUUGCCUCCUGCAGAAACAUAUUCCAUAGUUUACAUAUGUGCUGUGUGAAGAAGCACUUUAGUUUGUUUGUUUUGAAUGUUUCAGCAUUCAGCUUCACUGAAUGUCCAUGAGUUCUAAUAUUAUGAGACAGGGAGAAAACCUUUUUGCUAUCCACUUUCUUCAGGUCAUACGUAAUUUUAUACUGUUGCAUCGUGUCACCUCUUACUUUCCAUUUUACUGUCCAUUCAUUCAGUUUGUAGAGGUCUUUUUGGAGCUCUACACCAGGCAUAGGCAAACUCGGCCCUCUAGAUGCUUUGGGACUACAACUCCCAUCUAACAGGACUAGCUAACAGAACCAGUGGUCAGGGAUGAUGGGAAUUGUAGUCCCCAAACAGCUGGAGGGCUGAGUUUGCCUAUGUCUGCGCUACACAAUCCCUUUUUGUUUUAACAAUCCUGAACAAGGAAUGACCCUGAACAAUUUAAUAUCAUCAGCAAAGUCAGCCACAUCACUGUUCACUUCUAACUCUAGAUUGUUUUUCAGUUCAUAGAUCAUGAAGAUCAAACACUGUUGCAAAAAGCAUACAUUUUUAAGCAAACAUGCAAAGCAUUGUUUCCAAAGAGGAGAAUAAUAACCUCAGCUUUUAACAAUCAAGGAAGAAAUAUUUUAGUAACAAAGUACAUUACCUCUCUGAAUCCACCUCAGCAGUUAUUAGAUAUGUGUGCUGAUGAGCCUAACUCAACUUCUGUAAGUAUGUAAUGUUUAUCACAGAAUCAGCACAUACUUGGUGGGCUGGGGCGCUCACAGCAGGGGUCCCACAAUUAAAGGCAAACUGGUGGAAACUAUGAGCUGUAAGGCUGGCAUUGCAGCAUUUUGUUCCAGCUAUGAAACUGAGACAUGUGAUGCUGAGGACAGUCAAUAUCACAGCCAAAGCUCACAUCCAUCAUCAGGGUGGCAUAAGAUCGCAGCUAACCCCUGUAAGAAUGUAAAAAAAAGGUAACACAAUGAGUUAAUUAUUGCUUGAUGCCUUUAAUUAAAUGCCAAAUGUCAGAUGGAUUAUUUUAAUAUGUAUUUCUGAGACAGGCAUACUCCUAUUUGUUUUGUAGGAUCUUAUAUCACGAUUUGUGUCUUUAAUUCCUUGUAUAUCAGACACUGGGGAUGAAAAUGAUGAUGUUGAUCUUUGGAUGACAUCAGAGGUAUAUGACUUUUUAUUUCUGCUGUGCUUUGUUUAACUAGUUUGAUUUUUUAACAUGUAAAUUGCAUUUCUUAACCACUUUAAAAAGGAUUUUAUUGAAGAGCAGGGUAUAAAUUUGUUAAAUAAAAAAAAGUUUUGAUGUUACUUUUAAGUCAUAAUAAUAUACCUGAAAAUAUGAGCAAUGAUGUUUGAAAUAUUUCUGCAGUUCAAACAGCUUGAAGUUUGAGGGUCUUCUAAGUUAAUUAAGAUGAGGGGAGGGGCAGAAGCUAAACUGAUAAAAGUAACAAGUCACCAGCCCUGCUUAGCUUUCAUGCAAGUACUGUAGUCAAAAAAAAAAAAAAAAAUCCUUAACCAUGUGUAUGCCACAGAAUUAGGACAGAAUUCGAUCAUCGGAAAGAAAGAGGAAAUUACAGGUGUUACAUCUGUUCCAGGUAAAAUGGUAGAAAGUGUUACUAAAGCAAGACUUGCUAAAAAUAUGGUAGAAUUAGGGCCCCACCAGAAUGAUAUGGGUAGUUGGCAAAAUUUGGAUGGGGGCAUCUUCCACAGGAUUACAGAGGGUUCCCGAACUUCAUAGUGGCUUUCAAAGGGGUACUUUCAUCCCAAGCUAAAUAAAGCAGUACAGCAGUAUGAGCACCUUGAACUUAGUCUGCUGAUUUUUAUUAUUUUCAUAAUUAUAUGUUUAUAUAUAUCAGUGGAAGAAAUGUAACUAGUGAGAGCAUUGUGAUUUUUUUAUUUUGCUACUUGAAGUUACGGUAAUCUUUAAAUAACAUGCAAGCUGCCAUUUCUGAACUUCCUCGUGGCAAUGCCCCUGUAGUAUUAUUUUUGUGGGAAGAUGAAGAAUAUAUGCAUUGCUUUUAAAAAUGAAUGAUCUUAUAUUUCUAACAGAAUUUCCUUGAACUUGGUAUUGGUAGUAAAGAAGAACAUGCAGUGCUUCUAUGUAACUACUUUCUGUAUAUUGGGAAAAAAGCAUGGGUACUGUUGGGAACAUCAGUGUUAGAAGUAAGUCUAGCAAAAUAUUUCAAUCUUUGUUUCUAUAAUUCAAGGGUUGGUGAACUUUCUCGUUCUCAGUUCAGUGCAGAUCGGUAUGGAGAGAAUCAGUGGCAGCAGGAAAACAUAGAGGGUGCAUGGUUGAACGCUAAGUAGAUGUUCUACUUGGUAUAUCUGUGUUCACAAGAGGAAUGGCAUGAAAAUAAGAGUAGGCAUGAACAACAGGGUCAGUAGUGAGCCCAGCGCUGAAAGAGAGCAACACAAACAAGUGCAAAAACCUUGAAUGGGCAAGGAAAUGAACCAGACUCUGGAAGUGUCAUCAGCAAAUUCAGCCAUUGAGCCAAAUGAGAUGCAGGCUUCAGGUUUCCUGCCUGUGGUAUAGUUCUUCUCAGAAAUAUAAGCCACAUAACAAGUCGAACAGUAUAAAUUCAUAGCUUUAUUAUGCACUUAACUCUGAAUCCAACCCAUAGGCUUAGGCGUAGCAGGAACAGGAGGACAGUGUUAAAAGAAACUGCCAGAUUAAAGAAAAUCCAUUAAAGUUAUCAAAUAAUAAAUUGUUUCAGGAUAAGUUAUUUCAAAACCCCAUUUAAAUGGAGUGUGGUCUUAUCUUUGAUAUUAAAUGAUCAAUCAUGUGUGAUCCUUAAGAUGUUGUAUUAUUGAUUCAAUGGCACCCAUGACAAUAAAUUCUUAAUAUUAUUUGUUUUAGAUUUAUAUAUUCUUCAUUACUUAAUAAUAGUUACCCACCUCUAUCCCAUUCUCUUGAAAUAAAAUGGCCCUAGCUUUUAUCAAGCCAAGUAUUUAUGUGAAUAAGGAUUGUAGGAUUUCUGAAAGAUACCAAAUUGCUAUUUUAUUUCUCAGUAUAUUAGAAAGUAUAAGGAGUAAAUAUAAUAUAUAGUUUCUCCUGUAUUUGUAUAGGAACAAAAACUAUACAUAGGACCCAAUAGUAAUCUUUUGGCAAUGUAAAAACUGGAAUAAACAAGCAGUAUAGAUAUGGCAAUAAUCCAAGAGUAGAAACAGAGAGAAUUUCCAUUAUUAGGAGAGUGAUGAAAUAUGAUCUUGGAUAUGGUAUACAUGUUGAAAUUGAUAGCUAUUCUAAAGGUUAACAAGAGAGCAAGGGUCUUAUUGAAAAAUUGUCAUUGUUCAUAAUGUAUUAGUGUAAUAACAAAGUGCAAGAUAAUGUGUUUUAUUUAUUUCUUCCUUCCCUCUUAUAAUAAUAAUUUAUUAUUUGUACCCCGCCCAUCUGGCUGGGUUUCCCCAGCCACUCUGGGCGGCUUCCAUAGAAACCAAAAAUACACUAAAAUAUCACACAUUAAAAACUUCCCUGAACAUGGCUGCCUUAAGAUGUAUAAACACUCUUGUAUAAACACAGACAUUAUAGGUUAAGUGUUGCUUUAUUUAUUUUCUUAUUUUUUCCAUGUUAUAGAGGCAGGAAAAUAGAGUUUUUUACCAGGUUUUUUGGUAAUUUUUUUAACAACAAAGCUGGCUGUAUCCUUUGGUUAUUACAGGGGAAAGUAGCUUAUGUAGCCACACAAGAAAAUGGAGAGUAUUUUCUGUGGAAUCCACUGAAUGGCCAGUGCUAUAAGCAGUUUGAUGCAUUUUGCCCUCUGCAGAGUGUUGAUUGCUUAAUCAGCUGGGAAAAUGUAAGUAUGAUUAAAUGGAGUAGAAAAACAAUAUACUAUUACAUGCUUCCUGCAUCAUUGUGGGAAGAUUCAUUGGCAGUGGUGGGUUUGUAAUACUGUAUUUCUUUACAGUACAGAACAUAGUGAUGACAAAUACACCCUUCUAAUUAGAUUUAACAGCUUGCACCAGAUUUCCAGAGAGCAACAUUUAUGGUCUGACCCUCCUCCUGCAGCCCUGUUUCCAACUAAUUUCAGCUGUAAAGCUCUCAGGCAGCUCACCCGUUCACUCACAUUUAAAUUACCAACCAAUUUUAGAUGCUUUCCCUCAGCUGAAGAAGGCCCAGGACAUACCCAGCUUGAGCCUGAUAACUAUAUUUCCCGAUAAAAGUUCCCAUUAACCAUCACUGUUGUGAAAAUGUUGAAAUCUGGGUAGAGAAAUUGGCAAUAUUAUGCCACUAAUGAGGGAUCUUUGUAAAGUUUGGGAAUUAAUACAAUUAUUAUAAGUUUUGCCUCAGCUUCCUUUACAGUUGGUAUUUGUGUUGUGCUUAAAAAAUUGUAUCAUUUCUGAAGGGGGGACUUCGAGGAGUACAAGGAGGAGAAAAAUUCUUUAUACUUGUCAGAUUUGUUAUGUAGAAAAUACUUUUCUCCUGGUUUAGUUUUAAUGGCAGUUAUAGUUUCUUUAUUGCUUUUAUUUCAUAAUCUUGUGGCUAAGAGUUUAGACUCCCUUCCCCCCCAGAUUCGUAUUUUGUUUUGUUUUAAGUAUGGCUGUAUCAUAGUUUUCUUUAGUUCUAUGGUCUCCAAUUCUUUCCAUUUUAUUUGCAAUUUUUUAAAAGCAUUUUGAUCCUGUAACUGUGUUUGUUCCAGAAGGGAAAUUUCCUGUUCCAGUUGUCAUUUUUGUGUCCUACGUGAUGUGUUUUAAAGUGAUUUUUCCUGUAUACAUGCCCCUUUCAUCACUGCCUUCAUUGUUUCCCACAAUAGACCAGAGCUUAUUCCUUCCGUAUUAUUUUCCUUAUUUCCCCCCCUAAUAUUUUAGUCAGUCUUUCUCUUAUUACAGUCAUACCUCGGAUUAAAGUUGCUUCAGAUUGAGCUUUUUCAGGUUGUGUUCCGUGGCGACCUGGAAGUAGCGGAACAGGUUACUUCUGGGUUUCGCCACUUGCGCAUGUGCAGAUGCUCAAAAUGAUGUCACGCACAUGCGGAGAAGCGGCAAAUCGCGAGCCGUACACGCGCAGAUGCAGGUUGCGUUCUGCUCAGGAUGUGAACGGGGCUCCGGAACGGAUGCCGUUCGCAUCCAGAGGUACCACUGUAAUUGAUUUGUUAUGAAAUACCCUAGUGAGGUUGUAUGUUCAACUGGAGUGAAUUCAAAUUUUGUGCAGACUGGGGCACGCUCUGUUAUUUUGAUCUCUCCUAUUUGUGUUCUUUCACCACAUUUAACAGUGGGGUGGAUGUCAACAGGAAGUCUAUUCUGGAUCACAAGCUAAACACUGGGUACACAUAUGUGAGUCAUAUAUCUCGGAUUCUUCUCCCCACAGGCAUUUCUUAGUCCCCACUCUUGUAUAAACCUCACCAGUUUCAGUUGGUCUCUGCCUUUGUUAAGUUCUGUAGUGCUGCUACAUUUCUGGGACAGCCCACUUGUUUUGCAAAACUCCAUAUAAACACUGGAACUUCCAUAUUUUGAAUCAAAUCCAGUAUAGACUGAUGGUAUUAUGUAUUAAUUUCAGUGUAUGUGGAAAUGGGAGUAUCAUUCAGUGACAGCAGAUGUUUUGUAAGCAGAAGGUCCUAGGUUCAGUCCAUGGCAUUUCCAGCUAAAAGGAUAUGUGGUAGCAGAACUAGUUCAAAUAUGUGUUUAUUUCAAUUAUUUAUUGUUGACAUUUUAUGUCUUGAUAGGUCUGGUUCAACAUACAGCAGAACAGUUCACCAAUGUGUGUCAGUUUUGAUAUUUCAAAGGAAAGCUUAUGGAAACAGUUUCUUCCAUACCAUGUUCAGGAUUUAAAAAUGCAGACUGUACAGGUGACAAAUAUUUCAAAAAGUACUUACCUUGCAAGUGACUUGCCCAGUGGGGCAGAGCCUCACUGGAUGAGCCUACAUAUUACAUAUUGGGGUAAGAAGGAAAGAAGAAUUUGAGCUAGAAUUCUGCUUUAAAAAAUUGCAAGUUGCUCUGAUACCGGAGAGCUGUGUGUGCAUUUAAAUCAGGGGUGAGGAACCUCCAUGUCACAGGCCUAAUUAGACCCACCAAGACUCUCAGUUUGGUCUGUGGAGCUAUUUUGGGCAAACCACACCUACCUGUCAGUCAAAAGACCUCGAACACAGAAAUAAUGUGAGCCUUUGUUGUACAAAGCAGUUUAGCAGGGACACUCAAAAUGGGUGGUCUUCAACAUCAUUCAAUCAACUUUAGGUCAGUGUAGAAGACACAGGUGUUUACUAUUUAAUAGAGACCAUCAUAGGAUGGAAUGCUGGAUUGUAGAAAUUCUGUUUCCACAUCUCAAAAUUAGCUUUGAGCCUUGCAUCCUGGAACAUGAAUCUAUGUUUCAAGAAUGCAACUUGAAUUUACUAAUAUAUAUCUCGGUAGUUUUUCUUUCUUUCCUUAACAACAUGGCUUAAUCAUAAAAAUCUCAAAGCAGUUUACAUAAAAUAGUAUACAAUAUUCAUAAGGAAAUAACAAUAAAACCAGCAGACUUUAAAAAUAAGUAGACAGAUUGUGUCCACAUCUAAACAGUUCAAUUCUUUACUGUCAUCAUAGCUCAGUCAGUAGAGCCUGAGACUCUUAUUCUCAGGAUCAUGGGUUUGAGUUGGGCAAAGGAUUCCUGCAUUAAAGGGGGUUGGACUAGAUAAUGAUCGUGAUUCCUUCCAACUCUACAAUUGUAUGGUUCUAUGAUUCUUUUAGGAGGAAAGAAACAUGCAGUCUCAUGGAAUCUGGAACCGGAACCACAGGCUAAUCCAACAUUUCCUCAUAGUGGGAAAACAAAUGAGAGCUGAAGUUAGAGGGAGGAGUCUAUUGUCAAUUUUAUUUGUGCUCUCACUCCUCUCCCAUCAGUGUUAGCAUUUUUCUGCACAGCUACUCUCAUUAUUAAUCUCCAUACCACAAGCAGUAUUUAAUUGGUGCCAGUUAUACUUCAGGAAUCUCACUCCCUGGCCAUCUUAUACGUUACAGCUGCAUUUUCCUAGUAACGUAUGAGGUGCUUUGUAUCAAAAAAUUGUGAUACCUUCAGAAAAUCGUUCCAGAUCCUGCUUAAUGUGUAACUGUAUAUUACAGUAUUAUACAAUAUCUGUUUUAGCAAGAAGAACUAUUUUACACCCCAACUGAUGUAAGUUUAGUCGUAGAGCUACAAAAUAGGUAUGUACUUUAAACAACAUUCUUUCAAAUAACUUUUAAAGUUUAGGAGCUUUGGAUCAAACUACACGCUGUAUUAAUCAUGGUGGUGUUUUUUUAAAGCAUUUAAUGUUACCACUCUUAUUUUCAAAGAGAAGCAGCAGGCUGUAGUUAUAUCAUAUCAUAUUGUGGAAGGAAAUAAAGGUAAAGGUAAAGGGACCCCUGACCAUUAGGUCCGGUCGUGACCGACUCUGGGGUUGCGGCGCUCAUCUCGCUUUACUGGCCAAGGGAGCCAGCGUACAGCUUCCGGGUCAUGUGGCCAGCAUGACUAAGCCGCUUCUGGCAAACCAGGGCAGCGCACGGAAACGCCGUUUACCUUCCCGCCGGAGCGGUACCUAUUUAUCUACUUGCACUUUGACGUGCUUUCGAACUGCUAGGUUGACAGGAGCAGGGACCAAGCAAUGGGAGCUCACCCUGUUGCGGGGAUUCGAACCGCCGACCUUCUGAUCGGCAAGUCCUAGGCUCUGUGGUUUAACCCACAGCGCCACCCGCGUCCGUGGAAGGAAAUACCAUAGUUUAAAUAUGCACUGUGUGAAGAAGUGAUUCUUCUUGUCUGUUCUAAUCUUCCACUGUAUAAUCCUGGGUUCUAGUAUUAUGACAAAAGCCUGAACUCAGACUGAAAAGAGUCUAUGUAAUACACCAUCACCACCCUGUCAAGCAUCUUCCAUAAAAAAAGAAAACAGUGAAAUACUAGCAACUGUGGAACAGUUGUUAGACUAUUCUAGGUCCAAGAUUUGUUUCAUUUUUGAUGUCCUCUACUUUGGGCUAAUGAAGGUGAUGAAUGGUUGGUGAAAGACCCUGUGUGAGAGGCAGGCAAGAGAAGAUCUCCCAGGGUGAGAGGCUAGGAGAAGAAAGGGAAGCUCCCAAUUGAGAGCUGGAAGAGUCUAUCCUCUUCAGUGUGAGACUAGGGUUAAGAUCUACCUUAGAAGGGGGUUUUGUAUCCCCCUUUCUCUUUUCUCGCUUUUUUGGUUUUAUAUACUUAUUGUUUUCUAUAAUAACAUAUGAUUAAUUGGCAUCAAUUUAAAAGAUGCCCAAAAAAGUUUUUUCAUCCAGCCUGCUGACCAGAAGGAAGCCUUGUAAUAAGUCAUCUGCCUUCUUCUGUUGCAGUGUCAGUUAUGCCACUCAAAAGGCAAGGCCCAUUAGCAAACAUCAUGACCACUUUCCAUUCAGCCUCUCUUCCUUCUUAUCAUAGCUUCUCCUGCAUGUAUGGUUUGCAUGUAAUUUUCCCCUUUGCAAAUAUUGUUUCUGUUCUACAUUCCUUGACACCCACUAAUUUAGACGUUUUGUCACUACAAUGUUAAUACAACACUACGUUUUGUUAAUACAAUGCUGUAAUGGUUACUGUUUAUGCUGCUACUUUUUUAAAAAAACAGGAUUGAAAAGACUUUGAAAAAGAAAUUUAUGGAAUGGCGAUCUCAGCAGCCAACUCGGUGGCAUCGACAGUGUACCAGUGUCUUACGACAAAUUCUCUCAAAUCUAGAAUUUAGAAAUGGACAGACAGCUAGAGAAAAAGAAGAAAAUAAUUUGGAGGCUUUCCAGGAACAUUACUGGGUUAGUGUUUAUGCUACUAGAUUAUUGAAAUGUCCUGUUCUCAGGGACACUCACUCCCAUUAUUUCUGCUCUUAUAAAGGGGGGGGGGUUUGGAUCUUUGCAGUCAGUACUGAGCCACGGGCAGACAUCACUUAGGAGCUAGGCACAAGGGUUCAGAGAUAAGGGAUUUAGAGUUGAGGGGGCUAGUGCUCAGAGGUAAAGCCAGAACUCAGAACCAGAACUUAAUUAUUUCACUAGGUGGCCUUGUUUUGAUUUUAACACUGUGUUUCAUGUUUGAAGUUUGUUUAGAUACUGAAAAAUGUUAUAGAAUUUAUAUUUUCUAAAGUUUAAUAUCGUUGCUGAGCAAAUAUGCAAUGUUUGAUGUUUGACACAGUGAUUAUUUUACAAUUUAAUUUCUAAAUUUUUGUAGGUUACAGGAUUUCCUAUUCAAAUGCCGUAUCUGGAUCUACAGUCAAUAACUGAAGCUGUUUAUCAGACAGGAAUUCAUUCUUCAGAGGUUCCCAACACAGAAUUUUCUCUUGCUGUGUAUAUUCAUCCUUACCCAAAUAACAUGUUAUCUGUCUGGAUAUAUUUAGUAUCUUUGGUACGCCAUCAGUAAGCAGUACCACAAAACUCUUCAGGAAUCAAGAAUUUUAGUGCAGCCUUGAGGAGCUUGCUGGUUGUGAUGUCUGAAUUUUCACUCUUAUAUCAACAAGAAGUAGUAAGUUAUGUCUUGAGAGUCACAUUGCUUUUGCAGAGAUUAUCUCUUAAAUGUUCCUCACAUAUUGCUUACUAGAGAUAUGUAAAAAUGCUGUUCAUUUGUAAUUGUAUUAACUUGUGUUUUCAUUUACUUUCUGCAGUGGUAAACAGCAUGAAAAAGAUUUUAAUAAUCAGAAAAUAAAAGUUUUCCUUGCAUACAUCUCUAUAUUGCAAGAUUUAAAUUAGCCAGAUUCAAAAUGUUAACAUUGCUGGUUCAAGGACUUGUGUUUCUAAUGACUACCCAGUGAAAGCAUCCUUGAUUCAAUAUUCACCAUGAAGCCAAGGGACCAAAUCUCCUUUACCUUUGGAUAAUGUCUGAAAUGGCAUAUUAGCCAGCGAUUUGGUUCAUUCUGUAGACACUCCUGCAUACCAUCCUAUGCUCAAUUGUCAGUGUCUUCCAAGUUUGCAGUUAUGUAUGUUUUGUAUUUCCUUUAGUACAAGAGUAGAAAUACAUUGUUGAAUAGCUAGCUGUAGAAUUCUAUGUCAUCCUGUUAGCAAUUGCCCUACAACCAUGCUGAUUUCAAUGUGAUUUCAGCAUAAAUAGCCUAUAGUUCCACUGCUAGUUGUUUAUAACCUAAUACAGAAACAUUUCCUGUCUUGCUUCCUCUCCUUCUUAGAAGAGGAGGAUGUGUCAGUGGUGGAGUUAUAAAGUAGACCUUUUUUUUGCUAUAGAUUUUUAAAAAAGUAUUUCCUGCCUAUUUUGUUUAUAGAGUUAGCAUAUUUUAAAAAUAACACAUGCUGGGACAUACGGUAUGGAAUGAGCUCCAUUCAAUUGCUGCACUCAAAUAUACACACACCACUAGAGAGAUGAUUGCUCAAAACUAGUUUUAUUUUUAAAAUGAGUGCAUGGCACUCAGCUGGAAUUUUUUUAUUGUAGACAUUUCUCUUGCAUGACCACGACACAUAAUUCCUUCAGUUGGAAUUUCAAGUAGUGCGUGGAUUCAGUGGAGAUUGACCAAACCUAUUUUUUUUAUAUAAAAAAGCAAGACUUGGAAAUGGUUCACAGUGCAUAUUCUAUUGUCAAUAUCCUGCUAGUAUGUCAAACUCAAAAGGCUACGGUAAAUAAUAAAUAAAUAAAAAAUUCAGAGCAGAAAACCACAAACCCAAUAGCACAUAGUGGAUCCUUUGAAGUCUAAUGACUUAAAUACAAACAAUACCCUAUUAUACAUAGGCUUUGCUGUUAACUAAUUACCCUCCCCCAUAAUUCCAGUGUUAAUUAUCAGCCAAUGUUUGAGUGUACAGGCCUACAAAAUAGACUUCUUUUGUAUUAGUAACUCGUUUGCUGUCACACACAUGGAGGAUGAAAAUGAACCCAAUGUAAAAAAAACAAAACACAAAACAAGUAACCUGCUGUUAUUUCAAGUCAUGGAUUACCACAAGACUGUACAUUCAACGUAUUAUUGAGGUAGUCAAACAAUGAAGAGUCUUACAUAUAGUAUUACAAACUAAGUUGAGUAUCUUUCCUUUUCAGAUGCAUUCUGUAGUCCUUCAUCCUCACAUAUUAAAGUGA